GUACCCCUGGCCGUAGUCGGUAUGGCAUGCCGCUUCUCAGGAGGCAUCGACAGCCCGGACAAGUUGUGGGAGUUCGUGUCUCAGGGACGCAGCGCGUGGUCCAAUGUGGACGAGACCAGAUUCAGACACGAGGCUUUCUAUCAUAAACGGAAUGACGGUUAUUCUAAUUCUUUUAUCAAGGGCGGCUAUUUUCUCCAGGAGGAUGUGGCGCUUUUUGAUAAUUCCUUCUUCAGCCUGACCGCCGAUGCUGCCGCAGCUAUGGACCCGCAGAUUCGAAUGCAGCUGGAGUUGACAUUUGAGGCCAUGGAGAGUGCUGGAAUUCCUAUGGAGAAGCUUGUGGGGACCGACACAGCCGUCUUUUCGGGCACGUUCACGCAUGACUACCACGAUAACUUAUUAGCAGACCCUCUCCGCUUGCCGCGCACCUUCAUCACCAGCACGUAUGCGGCCAUGAUGGCCAACCGCAUAUCUUACUUCUUCGACCUCAAGGGGCCGAGCGCGGCGGUCGACACGGGCUGCUCUACGUCGCUGGUGGCGCUCCACAUGGCGGCGCAGAGCCUCCGCGCAGGCGAGACGAGCUGUGCCAUCGUCGGCGGGUCUUGUCUUGAUUUUAAUCCCGAGAUCUUCUCGAGCCUGUCCUCUUUGGGAACAUGUGGGCCAGAUGGAAAAUGCUAUGCCUUUGACCACCGCGCACACGGGUAUGGCCGCGGAGAGGGGUUGGCAACCAUCAUCGUGAAGCGGCUGGAUGACGCGCUGGCGGAUGGAGAUCCGAUCUGUGCUGUGAUCCGGGAAGCAGGCCUCAACCAAGACGGAAAGACGGCUACGAUCACCUCGCCCGACCAAGAAGCCCAGCGACGUCUCAUUGAGGCCUGCUACCAAAGGGCGGGACUGGACCCGUCCGAGACGGCUGUGGUGGAAGCCCACGGCACAGGGACCAAGCAGGGCGACCGGGCAGAGGCGCGAGCCAUCGGAGAGGCCAUCAGCAGAACACGGCCAGCUGACAAGCCUGUUUAUCUGGCCUCGGUCAAGACCAACCUGGGCCAUACUGAGGCGACCUCGGGCCUGGCAUCGCUGAUCAAGAUGGCCAAAUCCCUGGAGCACGGCAAGGUUGCGCCCAGCAUCAACUUCGAGAGGCCCAACCCCGAGAUCGACCUCGAAGCCCUGCGGCUCAAGAUCCCCCAGACACUCGAGGACUGGCCCCUGCCAGGCAUUCGGCGUGCGUCCAUUAAUAACUUUGGCUAUGGCGGGACGAACGCACAUGUGAUUCUGGAAGAGGCCACACACCACGUCGACAGAGCCAAGCACUACUCUGCCACUCAUGACCAGCAGGGGCAGCAGGGACGGCGUCUAUUUGUUCUCAGCGCGCGGGACGAGGCGGCGACCAAGAGAAUGGCCACCAACCUCUGCGAGUAUCUCACCAAAACCACAAACAACAAGAACGACGUCUCAUGGUUCAACGACCUGGCCUACACACUUGGUCAGCGGCGGUCGAGAUUCGGCUGGACCCUGACAGCCACAGCUGAGUCGAAGCAGGAGCUGGUCCAGGCACUAUCAGACACGUCCCCUGGGCCGCUGCAGGCGUCCAACUCGGCCCCGAGGCUCGGAUUUGUGUUUAACGGCCAGGGCGCGCAGUGGUUUGGCAUGGGGAGGGAGCUUAUGGACUCGUACCCAACAUUUCUUAGGACACUUGAGGAGUGCGAUGCCAUCAUCCAGGGCUUUGGUGCGACCUGGUCUCUCGUGGAGGAGCUGCGGCGCGACCAGGAGACAUCGCGCGUGGACGAGGUGCAGUUCAGCAUGCCCUUGUCGUGUGCGGUGCAAUUGGCGCUGGUCUGUCUUUUGGAAGAGUGGAACAUCAGACCGUCGGCCGUGUGCAGCCACUCGAGCGGAGAAGUGGCAGCAGCAUUCGCGGCUGGGGCACUCGAUCUCGGCGAGGCCAUGGCCUGCACAUACUUUCGUGGCUUGAUCAACUCGCAGCACCUCGACCGAGACAGGAACACGAACAACAACAAAACUUCGACCUCGACCUCGACUACCACUGCAGGCGCCAUGAUGGCUGUGGGCCUGGGAGAGGCAGAUGUCGCAGCCCAUCUCGGCGCUGUCAGGUCUGGGCGGGUGGUGGUGGCGUGCGUCAACAGCCCGUCCAGUGUCACAGUGUCGGGAGACGCGCCAGCGGUCGAGGAGCUGGCGCAGGCGCUCACGGCCGAGGGAAUAUUUGCCAGGAGGCUCAAGGUCCAGGCGGCCUUCCACUCGCACCACAUGCUCGCCCUCGAGGAUGCCUAUCGCGCAGCCCUGCGCAGCCAUAUGAGGGGCACAGGCAAAAAGAGGACAUUCCGGGACGGCGUGGUCUUUACGUCUCCAGUCCACGGCGGCGUAGUCAACGAUGCAAACGAGCUAGGGCCCGAGCACUGGGUCCGCAACAUGGUUCAGCCCGUGCUAUUUGCCCAGAGCCUCCAGCGCAUGGUGCUAAGCGACAAGGCUGAGACCAAGGCUGGGACUGAGGCCGAAGGUCCAUCUGCGGCAGCAAAACAACCACAACAAAACAUCGACAUGCUGGUUGAGGUAGGACCACACGGUGCGCUUGCAGGCCCAAUCCGGCAGUGCCUUGGUGUUCCGUCGUUGCGGGCGCUCGGCGUCGGGUAUGGAUCCUGCCUGACGAGAGGACAGGACGCCGUGGCCACACUGCAGAGGCUGGCUGGAUCACUCCUGGCUGCAGGCGUCGCUGUCGACAUGGCCAAGGUCAACUUCCCCCAUGGCGGUCUGGACCGGCUCCGGGCCCUCUCAGGACUGCCCUCGUAUCCCUGGACCCAUUCGGUCCGUUUUUGGAACGAAUCUCGCACCAGCCGCGACCACCGGUUCCGGAGACACGCUGUGCACGAUCUACUGGGCAUCCGAGUGCCUGGUACCAGCAAUCUGUCGCCAGUAUGGAGGCACAUCCUGCGGGCAAGCGAGGUCCCUUGGGUGUACGACCACGUGGUCCAGUCCAACAUCGUGUACCCCGGCUCUGGCUAUAUUGCCAUGGCUAUUGAGGCCAUGAGGCAGCUACAUGAGGAGGAAGAGACAGGAGCUGUCGUCUCGGGCUAUCGGCUCCGUGAUGUGGAUAUUCUCAGAGCGCUGAUCAUCCCUGAGGACGACGAGGGUGUCGAGGUUCAGCUGUUCCUCGAGCCUGGCGACGAUAGAUUGCUGGCCGAGGGCUGGCGGCAGUUCCAUAUCUACUCUGCCCCUUCGCUGGGUGACGGCUGGGUCGAAAUCGCGAAAGGCCUCAUUGCUGUCGACUCUUCCAGCCCCGACCCAACCCAGCGCUACAAGAUGAGCCCCAAGGAUCUCUUCACAUCGCUUCAUGCCGUGGGCGUCAACCAUGGGCCCAUUUUCCAGAACCUCACAAGGAUCCGCAUGGCCGACGACAGAGCCGUGACCGCCUUCCAGGUCGCAGACUCGGCAGCCACCAUGCCACACAACUUCCAGCAGCCCCAUGUUGUCCACCCUAUCACGCUGGACGCCGUCUUCCAGGCCGCAUACCCGACGCUCUCGCCACAGAAGCGAAAACUCGUGGGCACAGCCAUCCCACGGCACAUCAAGGGCCUCUACAUCUCGGCGUCCAUCAGCAGCCGGCCAGGCCACCGCCUCCUGGAGCAUGCCUCACUCUCGAGCUGUAACCGGCAGGGCUUUGACGUAUCUGCAGCUGUACUAUCGGCCGAGGACGGCGCCAGAACCAGGUUCCCCCUCAUCGAGGUGGACAAGAUGCACUUCCAGAGCCUUGGGUCUCCCACCGACGAAGACGAGGGCCGCGCGCAAGAGAAGCUGUGCCUCGUCACGGAGUGGAGGGACAGUUUCAGCCUGAACGAUCAGAGGCCUCUGGAGGAAGCCCUAAAGUACCAUACCGCACCUGAGGAUGAAAAGACUACGGCACAGGACAUCCUUCGGGCCACAUACCACCUUGUGCACGACGCUCUCGCACAGCUCACGGAUGAGGACGUGCGCGGGCUGGCAUGGCACCACAGGGCGCUGCACGACUGGAUGCUUCGCCUCGAGGAGCAGGCAGCACAGAACGAGCUCGCCCCUCGCAGCGCCCGCUGGGCAGCAGCGUCGGCUGGGAGCAGGCAGAUGCUCUAUGACAAGGUCGCAGGGGCGAGCGUCCACGGGGCACUGGUGGUGCGCGUGGGUGCGAACCUGCUGGGCAUCCUGCGCGGCUCUGUGGCGCCCCUCGAGCUCAUGCUGCAGGAUCAGCUGCUGACCCGGUUCUACCAGGGCGCACUGCGCUUCGGACGCUCCACGACGCAGGCUGCCAGAAUAGCCCAGGCACUGGCAGCCGAGACACCCCGUGCACGAUACCUGGAGAUUGGAGGCGGAACGGGCGGAGCCACGAUGCCCAUCCUGCAGGCUCUAGGCGGCGGUGACACAGGCCAGUCUGCUCAGUUUGCCCAUUACGACUUUACUGAUGUCUCUGUGGGAUUCUUCCAGGCGGCACGCGAGAGGUUCCAGCCCUGGGCCGACAUGAUGAGCUACAGGGCGCUGGAUAUUGAGGAUGAGGACAUCGAGGGCCAGGGCUUCGAGGCUGCAUCGUACGACGUGGUGGUGGCGGCGCAGGUGCUCCACGCGACCAAGAACAUCACCGACACCAUGCGCAGGGUCAGGAGGCUGCUCCGUGACGGGGCCAGGCUGGUGCUCAUCGAGACCACGCGCGACACGCCCGACCUCACGCUCAUCUUUGGCACUGUGGCCGGCUGGUGGCUCAGCGAAGAGCCGGAGCGCAAACACAACCCCAACAUGUCCCUCGAGGCCUGGGACCGCGUGCUGCGGGCGACAGGCUUCAGCGGCCUGGACCUGAGCGCCUGGGACUGCGAGGACCCGACCCAUCAGUCCUUGAGCUGCAUCGUGUCGACGGCAGUGGCUCCUAGAGAGCCAGACUUUACAGGAGAGCAGGUGGUCCUGGCCUACGACAGCCAACAGUCCCAGCCACCACCGCCUGCUGAAUGGUGCCGUGAUCUUGUCGCGCACCUUGCACGCCAGACAGGCGUCCAAGCUGAGGUCUCGGACCUGGCACAGGCCGAUGUGGCGGGCAAGCUGUGCAUCUUCGUGUCUGGCCUGGACGGCACUCCACAACACUUCUCCGAGGCUGCGUUUGGUCGCCUCAGGUCCAUGAUAACGUCGGUCAAGGGCCUCGUUUGGGUUACCACGGGUGCCACCAUGGACUGCGCAGUGCCUGAGAAUGCUAUACACCUCGGCCUGGUCCGCACAGCCCGCAUCGAGGACAGCAGCAAGAUCCUGGCGACUCUGGACCUGGAUUUGGAACCUUGGCAGGGCGGUGGUGGCUGGCGUGCAGGUGCACACGACAUAAUCACGCGCGUCUUCAAGGCCGUCAUGGACAGGAACAGAGAGGCUGGCACGGUAGACUUUGAGUUUGCCGAGAGGGCUGGCCGCCUCCUGGUGCCGCGCCUCCAUCGUGAUCCAGCCGAGCACGAGGCCUUUACCGGUGGUGAGGGCAGGGCGCCCGAGCUGCACAAGUUCGACCAGCCCGAGCGCGUCCUGCGCAUGCAUGUUGAUGUUCCAGGCCUGCUCGACAGCAUCGUAUUCCGCGAUGAUCCCGAUGCGAGGCGCCCUCUUCCGGCGGACUGGGUCGAGGUCGCGCCCAGGGUGUUUGGGCUCAACUUUCGCGACAUUAUGGUGGCCAUGGGCCGGCUGGACGAGCCUGUGCAGGAGCUGGGCAACGAGUGCGGCGGCGUCGUCACCCGUGUCGGCGCCCUGGCGGCCCAGCAGAGUGGACUGCGUGUUGGCGACCGUGUGUGCGCCCUGACCUUCCACGGCCACUUUUCUGGCCGGGUGCGCGUGCCAUGGACUUCUGUGGCGCGCAUUCCCGAUCACAUAUCGUUUGAGGAGGCGGCCUCUAUAGGCAACACGUAUGUCACGGCACACUGUGCCCUCGUCGAGGCCGCGCGUGCUGAGGCUGGCGAGACGGUGCUGGUGCAUGCUGCCGCGGGCGGUGUCGGCCAGGCUUGCAUUGCCCUGGCCCAGAGCAGGGGCGUCGAGGUCUUUGCUACUGUCGGCACUCUCGAGAAGCGCCAGUUUCUGGUCACUACCUAUGGCAUCCCUGACGACCACAUCUUCUCGAGCCGUGAUGCCUCGUUCGCCCCACGCCUCCUUGCUGCCACGGGCGGCCGUGGUGUGGACAUUAUUGUGAACUCGCUCGCCGGGAGCCUCCUCGAUGAGAGCUGGCACCUGCUCGCCCCCUACGGCCGCUUUGUCGAGAUUGGGAAGCAGGACAUCCAUCGCAACAAGUCGCUUGACAUGGAGCCCUUCCGCAAAGCCCUGUCCUUUGUGCAUGUCGACGUGAUUCACCUGGUCGACUACAAGCCCAGAGCUACUCAGCGCAUCCUGCAGGACGUGAUUCGCAUGGUAGGCGACGGCACCAUCCAGAACAGGACUCCAAUCACAUCUUUUUCGCUGUCCGACAUUGCACGUGCAUUCCGAGUAAUGCAGGCCGGGAAGCACAUUGGCAAGAUUGUGAUUGUGCCCGGGCCUGAGGAUCGCGUUAAGGUAUGUUCAACCGCGCCCCCACUGCUCGUCACCGAACUCGCCUCCGAUGCCACAUUCCUCGUGGUGGGUGGCCUCAGCGGAAUUGGCCAAUCCAUCUCGCGCUGGCUUAUCGACCAUGGAGCCAAGAGCCUCCUUCUGGUGUCACGGAACGCACUGUCGAGGCCCGGGAGUGUCCAGUUCGGCCUGGAGCUUGCAGCUGCAGGUGGCGGUGCAGAGGUCACCAUUCGAGAUUGUGAUAUUAGCGACAAAGCCAUGCUGGCCGCUCUGCUCGAGGAACACCGGUCUUCUGGCAGGCCGCCUAUUCGUGGUGUCAUUCACAGUGGCAUGGUCUUGGACGACUCGGUGCUCGAGCGUAUGACCUACGCCCAGUGGUGCAGCGCGACCAAGCCCAAGAUCGAGGGUACACGGAACCUGGACGAGGCUUUUGGGGACGCACUGGACUUUUUCAUUGUCCUGUCGUCGGCCAAUGGCGUGCUGGGCUGCACCUCGCAAGCCAACUAUGCCGCCGGCGGCACGUAUCAGGAUGCUCUAGUGCGACGGCGGGCAGCACUUGGGCGUGCAGGCGUUGUGCUCGAUCUGGGGCUCGUCAACUCGGUAGGCUUCGUCGCUGAGACAGCCGGCGUCAAGGACCGCCUCGUCCGUAGUGGCGGACACCGCCCGCUCGAGGAGGCCGAGGUGCUGGCCCUGGUGGCCUACGCCAUCCGCAACCCUCGCCGGACUCCGAGAACCGCCCAGAUCGCCGCCGGUAUCACGGGUGCCGCCCUCGCCGACGGAGAGCCACGGUUCGCCGCCCUGUCGAGCCCGUCUUUGUCGGCCGACGGCACUGGGUCGGCAGGACACGAAGCCGUCACGGCUCUAGCCUUGCACGAGCAGAUAGCGCAAGCCUCGUCUGCCGCCGAGGCUGUGAUUGCCGUGCAGCAGGCCGUGGUGGCCAAACUAGCAGACAUGUUUGUCAUGCCCGAGGCCGACAUCGAUCCUGCCCAGCCCUUGUCCCGGUACGGCGUCGACUCGCUGGUCGCUGUCGAGCUGCGCAACUGGCUGGUGCCGCGCGCUCGCAUAGAAAUGAGCAUCUUUGAUCUUCUGGGAAGCUCCUCGUUGACUGGUCUGGCUGGCAAGGUCGUGCAGAGGAGCAGUGCUGCGCCGCAUGCCGAGAUUUCUACAUCAUGACCAUCGCUGUGGCCUUCUCCAGUUGCAUGUGGCAUGUCAGCUGGUCCGCUUGAUGUAUGUACAGGUUUUGUCAGCAGAGUGACUGGAAAUAAACACCUAUUGUCCCCC